AACCGGUACUUCGUUGCCGUAAUAAUAAUGAUAAUACCGAUGAUAUGAUCCAAGAAAAACAUCACACGACUGUCCACAACCAUUAUGAACACCAACACCAACAAAAUGAUGUCAACCAUUUGGGUACGGAUUCCCCGUAUAAACUGGAGAUUGUUUGGCGUAAUGUCAUCGUAAUGGCUAUAUUACAUAUCGGUGCCCUGUAUGGCGCCUACCUGAUGGUUACGGCCGCCAAAUAUCAAACAGUUAUCGCCUGGUUUUUCAUGUACAUAUUUUCAGGUAUGGGCAUAACUGCUGGCGCCCAUCGUUUAUGGUCUCACCGUUCAUACAAAGCCAAUCUAGGCCUGAGGGCACUGUUAUGCAUAUUGCAGACAAUGGCCGUAGAAAAUAGCGUCUACGACUGGUGUCGUGAGCAUCGGGUGCAUCACAAGUACUCGGAAACCGAUGCCGACCCCCACAAUGCCAACAGGGGGUUCUUUUUCGCCCAUAUCGGUUGGCUAUUGUGCCGCAAACAUCCCGACGUCCAACUCAAAGGCCAAUCGGUAGACUUGAGUGACCUGUGGAACGAUCCGAUGCUCCGGUUUCAGCACCGAUACUAUCGGUCGAUGGCAUUAGUAUUUUGUGUGAUUGUGCCGACACUCAUACCCGUAAUGUUUUGGUCGGAAACACUUUAUAAUUCAUUUUUCAUAUGUUUUAUAUUCCGAUAUAUUUAUACAUUAAACAGUACCUGGCUAGUUAAUUCAGCGGCUCAUAUGUGGGGCAAUCGUCCAUAUGAUAUAACCAUAAAUCCCAGAGAGUGUAAUAUUGCUACAUAUAUAACUAUGGGCGAGGGCUACCAUAAUUAUCAUCAUACCUUUCCCUGGGAUUACUCGGCCUCGGAGUUGGACUGGAAGUAUAACUGGAAUUUUACGACAUUUUUUAUCGACAGUUUCGCCCGAAUCGGUUGGGCAUCCGAUAGGAAACGUGUAUCCAAUGAUAUGGUUACCAGUCGUGUGGAUCGUACCGGUGAUAAACAGCUGACCACUGGCCAUAUAGCUAGCCAUCAAACUGAUGCCCAGUUUUGUCUAAGCCAUGUGACGGCAUUUUGUUGCAGUAUGUCUCAACUAUGGAUACCGUUUCUCAUUAGGUUUCUAAUUAAUUUAGUCAACUAA